CAACUCAAACAAGAAGCGCUACUAGGCGUGCUCUAAGUACGCCAACUACACAUUAUUCAAUAAGAAUGAUUUUCUAAAAGUCAAACUAACAUUAAUAAUGCUAGCGGAUUUACUGAACAGACAUCAGUUUUAAGAGUAUAUUUCGCGGGCUAAUUUGUGAUGGCUACUACUGAGAUGGUGUCUGGUUCUUUGGAAAGCAGACCAGAACAUGUGACAUAUAACUCUGAUUCAAAAUACCCACUGAAAGUACUUUAUUGUGGAGUGUGCUCUCUGCCUACGGAGUACUGCGAGUACAUGCCUGAGCCAGCCAAAUGUAGGUAUUGGCUGGAGAAGAACUUUCCUGAUGUUUUUGCCAAGAUGACCAUAGGCCCGUUAUCGAAUGCUCCCAACCAGGAACUCGGCACUGGAGAAUCUCCCCCUGCAGGCGAGGAGGAGGAGAAAAAGAAACAGAAGAGAGGUGGAAGAGGCCAGAUCAAACAGAAAAAGAAGACUGUGCCUCAGAAAGUCACAAUAGCAAAAAUCCCAAGAGCCAAGAAAAAAUAUGUCACUAGAGUGUGUGGCCUGGCAACAUUUGACAUUGAACUUAAAGAGGCUCAGCGAUUCUUUGCCCAGAAAUUCUCUUGUGGUGCCUCAGUUACAGCAGAGGAUGAAAUAAUCAUUCAGGGAGACUUUACAGAUGACAUAAUCGACGUCAUUCAAGAGAAGUGGCCCGAGGUGGAUGAUGAAAGUAUUGAUGAUCUGGGUGAAGUCAAGAAGUGAAGACCAAAUAUGCACUUUUACUGAAAUGGAUGUGACCUGUAACAACGACAACCUGGCCAAAUGUACACAUUAAGUCAUUUUAUAUCUAUUUUAUUUACUGUUCAUAAAAAGCUGCAGACUUGGCCACUCACUUGGCUUUUUUUUUUAUUUUUUAGUUAAUAAUAGCUUCUUUCUCUCGUUUGCCAAAGGUGUGGUAUGACGUGAAUCCCUCCCAAUUGUUCUUCACUCAAGCAAAACUGUAGGCUAAUAAAUUUCAGUCUCCUUCGCCUGUA